AUGGCGCCGAAAAUCAACCGAAACAUACUGGGAGCUGUACCUACUCCAAUUAGCCCUUUGAACAAAUACCGCCUGUUAUCCCCAUCCGGUGCUGUGAGAGUCAGCCCUCUCUGUCUCGGAGCAAUGAGCUUUGGCUCAGGAUGGUUUGUGUUGGGCGCCGCUAAUAACAGACAUCUUCUAACUUUGAUUGUAGGAAAGGAUAUCUGGGAGACUGCGACCGCAAAACCUCUGAAGAGAUUCUUGACGUUUUUUAUCAACAGGCAAAUAUGCGUAGCUCAUGUCUUCAUACUAGGCAACUUUAUUGACACGUCCAACAAUUAUCAACUGGGGGAGUCUGAAACCAUUAUUGGCGAAUGGAUGAAGAAACGCGAGAACCGUGACGAGCUGGUUAUUGCAACUAAAUACACUACAAAUUACGAAAACGCCCCUGACUCGAAGAAAAUAAAAGCUAACUAUACCGGUAAUGGCUCCAAAAGUCUCCAUGUGUCAGUCGAAGCAAGCUUGAAGAAGCUGCAGACUGAUUACAUUGAUAUUCUUUAUGUCCACUGGUGGGAUUUCAGCACCUCAACUUCAGAGUUGAUGCAAUCCUUGAAUAACCUCGUGGUUUCCGGGAAGGUUUUGUACCUAGGAAUUAGUGACAGUCCUGCAUGGGUUGUGAGCAAAGCCAAUGAGUAUGCCAGAAACCAUGGCCUUCGACAAUUUUCCGUAUACCAGGGACGUUGGUCCGCCGCUUCACGCGACUUUGAACGAGAUAUUAUCCCCAUGGUCAAAUCCGAAGGUAUGGCACUAGCCCCAUGGGGUGCUCUAGGAGCUGGUAGAUUCAAGACCGAAGAGCAACGCAAGGCCGAAGGCGGACGCAAUGUGGUGGCAACCACAGAGGAGAUCACUGUUAGCAAAGUGCUAGAGAUUGUCGCCAACCGCAAAAACUCGAUUAUAACGAGCGUUGCGUUGGCAUAUGUGAUGCACAAAGCACCUUAUGUCUUUCCUAUCGUUGGAGGCCGUAAGGUAGAGCAGCUGAGAGAGAAUAUCGCAGCCUUGUCGCUCAAGUUGACUGAAGAGGACAUUGCGGAGAUUGAAGCUGCAGUGCCUUUUGCAUUGGGAUUCUACAGCGGAAAAGCAGAAGUCCAUUUGCUCCAUUGGGCUAGUGGUUCAUUCACUUUGUGCUAUAUGAAGAAGAGGCUUUGCAGUAUCUCCUUUUGA